UCCAUAGUUUUGUGUGAGAUAUACAGACAGGACUCCACUGUUAUACAUCCCUUUACACAAGCGCGUUGAGCCCGUGGGAACGGCGCAGUGAAGGAAGUGGGUCUCCGCGUCCCACGCAGAGGAGGGUUUUCCGGUUAAAGUUUCCUUUGUGAUUCGGAAGUGGCGCUGUGAUGCCAAAGGCGUCUAUCCUUACAGACAUAACACACAAGUGGCGAACAUUAUGAGACCGUUCAAUGCUGUGUCCUGUUGAAAUGGGAAAACGCCCGUUCCUGAUUUUGUAACACAGGUCUCUCUGUCACCCUGGCAUCAAUGGACUCACAAAAAGGGGAGGAGCCAAGGCCUGGCAAUAUGGAAGUUGCUGGAGCGCCAGGCUCGGCCCCAAGCCCCCAGAGCGACGCCGUGACCAAUGAGCUUCAGGAGCUCUCCCUUCAGCCUGUUCCCAAUCUGCUGCCUCUACAGGAGCGCAAGAAUGUCCUUCAGCUCAAGCUUCAGCAGAGACGCACACGAGAGGAGCUGGUCAGCCAAGGGAUCAUGCCACCACUGAAGAGCCCAGCAGCCUUUCACGAACAGCGGAGGAGUCUGGAGCGAGCAAGGACUGAGGACUACCUUAAAAGGAAGAUUCGCAGUCGUCCUGAGCGCUCCGAGCUGGUCAGGAUGCACAUUCUGGAGGAGACGUCAGCAGAGCCGUCACUGCAGGCUAAGCAGCUGCAGCUGAAGAGAGCGCGACUAGCCGACGACCUCAACGACAAAAUCUCUCACAGACCGGGUCCUAUCGAGCUGGUCCACAAGAACAUCCUGUCUGUUGCCUGCCAUCUGCAGCAGUCACUGCUGGAUUCUCCAAAGGGAAACGGGGGAGAGAGCUCGUCUUUGGAUGAAGACAGCAGUGAUGCCCUGUCACCUGACCAGCUAACCAAUCAGGACUCUCCCCUGAGUGCCGUCCCUCAGGUUUCCCCCUCAGACGUGCUCACCCAGAACGGGGACAUUUCCCCCACACAGUUUCUUACACAGCCUCCUCCUGCGCCACCACCACCACCACCUCCACCACCACCUCCCCUGGCCAACGGAUUAGAUUCGUCCCCUCCACCCAAAAUUACAAACGGGACAACGAUGACCUCGGCCUCCUCCCGCCAUUCUGCUGGACAGGUCAAGUCCCAGGCCAAGGCGAGUUCAGAUCGCCCUCCACAGAGACCUAAGAAAGCAAAGGACAGCAAACCCAAGGUCAGGAAGGUGAAGAAGCUGAAGUACCAUCAGUACAUCCCUCCCGACCAGAAGGCAGACAAGGAGCGUCCGCCUCAGAUGGAUUCGUCUUACGCGAAGCUGCUCCAGCAGCAGCAGCUCUUCCUGCAGCUGCAGAUUCUCAGUCAGCAACAGCACCACUACAACUACCACACCAUCCUGCCAGCCCCUCCCAAGCCGCAAACGGAGCAGCCUCCCACAACCAACUCUGGCCCUUCCCCCUCUCGUACCGUUCACACGACUACCACCACAGCUUCCUCAAGUCAAACGGGGACAGGCCGUCACAGCCAAGCUGCAGUGGGAGGAGCCAAACCAGCCACUCUGCCAGCCAACCUGGAUGAGUUCAAAGUUGCUGAGCUGAAACAAGAAUUGAAAUUGCGGGGUUUGACCGUCUCAGGCACCAAGAAUGAUCUAAUUGAGAGGCUCCGUAACUACCAGGAACAAAAUGGAGGAACUGCAGCGGUUUUGAAAAAUGGCAUUUCGCAGUCCAGCCUGCAGGGCACGACCUCAGCUGCUAGCACCACCACAUCUUCUCCCACCACAACGUCUGCCUCUGACCACCAAUCGGCAGAAGGUGGGUUUAAGUUAUCUCUGUCCUCAAUGGCUCAGGCGGUUCCAGGGCGGGUGAUGCGGUUUGGCAGCACCAGCUCGAGCCCUCCGGUGUCGCCGACUCCGUCAGAGAGGUCGUUAGCUGGAAUGAGUCCAGAUGAGACAAGCUGUAAUGGAGACAUGUUUGGAGAGAUGGUGAGCUCUCCGCUGACCCAGCUCACCUUGCACCCCUCUCCUCAGCACCCACCAAUCAUCUCUCCACUCGUAGUCAAAGAUGAGAUCCAGAGCUCAUGCAGCCUGUCCAAGUCCUCACCGGCAUCUGUCCAACCUCCCGAUUCUGGAUUAGCCAUGGACACAUCAUCUAUGGACAAAGACCAGAUGCUCCAGGAGAAGGACAAACAGAUUGAGGAGCUCACCAGGAUGUUGAAGCAGAAGCAGAGGCUGGUGGAGACCCUCAGGUCUCAGCUGGAGCAGGGCAAGAUGGCAGGUGGGAUAGUGGUCAAGAAGGAAGGAAGUGAGAAGAGCAGAACAUGCCAAGAGGUUAAACUCCAAACUCUAAUAAAAGCCUCAGCCAUUCAGCCCCCUAUGCUCCCUAAUGGCAUCAUGUUGAAGGUGAAGAAGGAGGUGGAGCCUGAGGAAGGAAUGGAGGGAGUAACAGAGGAGGCUUCAUCAAAGAAGCAGGCUCUGCCGAUGCAGUGCUCACAGGAGACUCUGCUCAGGCUGCAGCAAAUACAGCGGCUGCAGGUUCAGCAAUCCGAUCAACCCAAACAGCAACCACAACCGAAACAGCAACAGAGUCAGGCGCAACUGCCGAAGGUUGCAGAAUCCAAACUGAAUCCUCAAAAACAGCAACACCAAAAGAAAGAAGCUCAGAUCCUGCUCCAGCAGCAGCAGCAACUGCAGCAGCUUAUCAUACAGCAGACCCAACAGAAGCAGAUCCACGACCGACAGAAGUUAACGCAGCAGAAACUGGCCCAGCAGAAACUCGUACAACAGAAGCAAGUACAGCAAAACCAACUCAAGCAAACUCAAGGGCAGCACCAAGUUCAGCAGAAGAACCAAGUUCAGCUAAAGCAGGUUCAGGUGCAGAUCCAAAACCAGACGGUGACAAAUCAGAAAUCCGCACUGAGCCAAACUCAGCAGAGGAAGCAGCAAAAAGCUCAGCAGAGGCAGCAACAGAAACAGCAGACGGCAGCCGCCGUGACACAACAGAUUACUCCAGUCAUCAUCAACCAACAGAACGGCACACCAGUCCACACUCAGGCCAUUUCAUUAGACCUCCUCAAGGCCAAUGGCACACCUACACUGGUCACAGACACCAAUGGGAACCACUACCUUAUCGCUCUCACCAGUCAACCCACAGAUGGACAGAAUGGAGUGUCCUCAUUGGUCAAAACCAAUGGACGCAUCACACUGCAGAGAUUGCAUUCGACUCCAAGUAAACUCCCCAGCACUGGCAGCCAAUCAAAAGAGCCGGCAGAGGCGGAGCCUGUGAGCCAACCAAACAAAAAGGGACAAAAAACAGGGCUGCAUUUAGACACCAACGGCGAUCCACAACCCAACCACUCAGUCACCGCACCGCCCAACCUGCAGCCUUUCUUCGACGACAUGUUAGACAAUGAAAGCCAAAGCAGCUUAAUGUCAUCGCUCAAGAGAGAGGAGGUGUGUCUGCCUUACGACCGGCACACACUGUUCACCCCUCCCUCUCCUAAACCCAACACCUCCCUUCCUUCUCAGCGCUCCAAACCGGAGAAUGGUCUGAACAGCCAGCAGAUGGACGACCUGUUUGACAUCCUACUCAAAAGUGGAGAAAUCCCCGGCUACAAGGUCAACCCGGACCCGUCCCUCGCCCCGCUCCAUUCUGACCCACCCUCUCCAUGUAAUGCCCCAUCUCCCCUCCACCUCUCCCCCCCCACCCCUACACAGCCCCUCAUCUGCCCGGCGCCUUCAGUGGGAGAGCCCUGCUCAGGCAGUGGGCGUCUGGAGGACUUUUUGGAGAGCACCACAGGCGCCCCACUGCUGGGCAUAGAGUCCGACGGCGGACUGGCGCUGAUCGACGACCUCCACAGCCAGAUGCUGAGCACGCCCAGCAUCCUGGACCACCCUCCCUCCCCUAUGGACACGUCUGACCUGGGCUUCUCUCCUCCUUCUGCCGGGCUGGACUUUGGUGACCCCAACCUUGAUGGCAUGGACUGGUUGGACAUGGUGGGGAGUGCAAGUGGAGGGAGCGAGGGGAAUGGAGGAGGAAGAAGAGGAGGAGCUGGCGAUGGAGGGACGAGUUUAGCUCCACUGGCACCGCACACACCGCAGAGCGUAUUCUCGGCCGACUUUCUGGACAAUACAGACCUGCAGCUGCACUGGUAGCCAUGUCUGUAGCUCCUCACGCAGAUGCACACAGAUGGACAUGUGGUCGCUCACACUGUGUACAGGCUCCGUCUUUAUUUCAUGCACAUACUCUAUGCUGUCUUUACCACUGCGGGGGGUCACUGGCACAUGCGCGUGCAUGCACGCACACACAUACACAUUAACACAGAUUGUCCUGUCUUUCACUGGCUGUUACCAUAUGCAAGGUGAGGUGAAAUAAGCAAGAAACAUAGAUGUUAAAUUCAUUGAAAGGACUUAAUGGACCUGAAGUGGAUUUUUAAAUUUUUAAUUCUAUGGGGAUCCAGAUGGAUAAAAUCCCAUUUCCCGUGUCCUGACCUGCAUUAAAACCAGGUUUAAGAAAACCAGCUGAAAGUUGCAGGUCGCUUUCAACCCAUUUCAACCCCCAGUAAACAGCUGGACAGCUCAGCGUCGAGGAGCGACUGUCAGUGAUGUUUGCUUGGGCUCCUAGAGAUAGCAGUGUGUCAGUGCCUCCUAAACUUUGCACUUAUGCUGAAUCUGAUUGGUUUAAAGGGUGGGUGUUCAGGUCAACAGCUGAGUAAAAGCCACAUUGUGUUACAAUUGGUCAGCUGAGCCGUUGAUUGUGUGUUUUAAAAAUAAAAAAGGCAGCUGCUGGUGGCCUCAUCGUGGCAAUCUGAACCUCACCCACACUAGUCAAAGAUACAACCUUCACUGGUUGAGAGUUGCUGUUGAAACAAACCAUAUCAGUGGCAACAGUUUGAAUUGAAGCCUCUUUGGAGGUUGUGUAUUAUUGGUAACAUUAUGGUAGACCACUAUGUAUUGCUGUAUAUGGGGUGUAUAUUACAGUUUGUCUAUAUGACUAUUUUUCUUUGCUGGUUACUUUAGAGCCGAGCUAGCCGGCUGGGGAACAGAGGGUGAGGGCGGGGCUUACUGGGAUCUUGACAUUUUUUUUUUUAAAGAAAAAAAGAUUUAAAAAAAUAAACA